GUACUCGUAGCUAAUUGGGAUGAACUAAAACUCUCACGACCAUCCAUGCCGCCACGGAAACAAACAGAUUCAUCCAAGCAAAGCAUUUGUUCUUCCAUUGGGGCACUCAUUCGCAGCCGGCUUCGAGCAACAACCUGCAAAUACGUUGGUUUUUUUGUGUUGUUGUUCAUCAGCUCAUAUCUCUAUCUAUCUCCUCUCAUCAUUACUAGUGUACCUCAGGAGCCCAUCAGCACAGAUUACCUGAAUGCCGAUGUCUCGAAAAGGGAUGCGGUCCGUGCUGCGUUCCAGCAUGCCUGGAGCUCCUACGAGCAAGACGCCAUGGGAGCCGACGAAUACCAUCCCAUCAGCCACCGUGGAUUUAACUUUUCAGGAGAUGGAGGGAUUGGAUACACCGUGGUAGACGCACUUGAUACUAUGCUGAUUAUGGGUCUCCAUGAUGAGCACGCUCGUGCGCGUCAAUGGAUCCUGGACAAACACUCUUUCGAAAGAGAGGGUAACUUCAACACUUUCGAGACAACCAUUCGUGUCCUGGGCGGAUUGUUGUCAGCCUACCAUCUUGCCGGCGAUACUCUCUAUCUGGAGAGAGCCGUGGAUCUAGCAGACCGCCUUCUUCCGGCAUUCGAUACGCCUACGGGUCUUCCAUUGCCCAUGGUUAACCUAGCAAAACGCGUCGGUGUCCGAGAUCAAUGGUCGUCCGACCAAAUCAGUACGGCAGAAGCCGCGACGCUUCAACUGGAGUUCAAAUACCUUGCUCAACUGACAAGGAAGAACAUUUACUGGUCAAAAGUGGAGAAUGUCAUGUCUGUUAUCUACAAAUCUUUGCUCCCCCACAGUCUGGUACCUAUUUUUAUGAGUGCUAGUAAAGGAGAUUUUACUCAAUCUGAUAUUCGUCUUGGUUCACGGGGCGAUUCUUAUUACGAGUAUUUGAUUAAGCAAUACUUGCAAACGAAUCGGACCGAGCCUAUAUACAAAAAGAUGUAUGCAGACUCGAUGAAAGGCCUGCAUGACAACUUGGUUCAGAAAACAUCCCGUCAAGGGCUAACGUACAUCGCCGAACUCAUACCUCAUCGGUCAAAGGACGGCAGCGUAACAUGGGACCGUUCCGCCAAACAAGAUCAUCUCGUCUGCUUCCUCGCAGGCUCGCUGAUGCUGGGCGCUACAACCUCUGGAGCAGCAAAGCACUUUAUAUCUAUCCCUCCUCGCCUAGAGGAACUGACGCAGGAAGGGCAGCGGGAUUGGCAGACCGGCGUGAAUCUUCUGGAGACCUGCAUGGAUACCCAUCGAACGUCGACCGGUCUCUCUCCUGAGAUCGUGAUGUUCCGAGCAAACGAAGAGAAGGGUGAAUCAGAACGUGACUGGUUUAUCAAGAAUUCUCGAAAAGGUGGACCGUCCUCUUAUGAUGCCCGCUACAUGCUCCGUCCGGAGACUGUCGAAUCGCUGUUCAUUGCUUGGCGACUAACUGGCGACCUCAAAUACCGUCAGCAUGCUUGGAAUAUCUUUUCAGCCAUUGAAAACCAUUGUCGCCUAGAGGAAGGAGGCUACGCUACGGUCUUGGACGUCGAUACAGUACCUGUAUCGCGGGACGAUAAGCAAGAGACCUUCUUCUUGAGCGAGACUUUGAAAUAUCUCUACAUGACAUUUUCCGAUUCGAGCAUCAUACCCCUGGAUAAAUACGUGUUCAACACGGAGGGGCAUCCGUUACCGAUUUUCAAGCCUACCGACACCAAGCCUGCUUUUGCACUGUGAAGGUGAUUUAGAUGGGUACUUAUACCGAAUACUAUUGUGUCGCUUUCGUGCUCUUCGUUGCUAUCUGGACUUACAGUACAGCAGACCACGCAUUGGCUAUAAUAUGAUGAAAGCUCUUGCGCCCCAGAUAUAUUCAUCAUCCGCCGAUCUAUCUAAGACGAAAUGUAGUUCUAUAUAGUAGUUUUGGCUAAAUAAGGUGUGAACGUAAAUAAUCUUCAGUAUCUCUCAGGAAGC